AUGGCGUCGUCUCCUACACAGACAGAAGGUCUCCUGGGCAGCAUCGUGGCGUUUGAGGGAAAAUCAGACAUAGUGUCAACUCAACUUCGGCUGCUUCCCACAUCGCCACAACUGCUCAUACUGCCGAGUGUUGAAUCAUAUAUCAAAGCAAGAGCUGACGAACAACAUGAAUGCUUCGAUGCACGUUCUUAUAUUCGGAAAGUCCACGAUGCUCUUAUUGCACGGGUUGCGGCCGCAAGAAGCUUCUUGAAUGAAGCGACAACGGGCCACAAACGAUUGGUUUUUGUUAACGGCGGGACACCGGGUGCACAAGCUCUCUGCGUCAGAGAAAUAAUGAGAUAUGAGACACACGGCGACAGAUCUGAGGCGGAAGCAAUAUUCGACGAAAUUAUAAAAGAAGGUGUGGCAGGCUUGGAAAGGCGCUUGUCAAACCAUGAAGAACUUGAAGCGGAUCCAAUCACCAGAGCUAUGAGGGCAGCCGAUGCCCUCGACCGCCAGACAGCAUGCUUGCAGCCACCGAACCCAUUCGAAAUGGGUCGGCCAUGCCGAGCUCGUAGUUCGAGUUUGCCUUUGUAUGGAUUUUCAGACGAGUUUGAGGAUUCUACGCCAUUCUACGUAUUCGGCCUUUCGAGAUCUGAUGAAGAGGUCCCCCCUGAUGAGAUCGCCGAGACUCUCAGCGGGCCCCCAACGCCAGGUGUUGUCCCCAAUCCCCGACAGCUCACAUUGGAUACUACUCGGAUUCGACCAUCAUUUUCAACAAUUCUCUACUCUGCUAGCUGUAUUGGAGAGGCGUACGAACCGACACCUUUUGAACAACAAUCAGAGACAGCUGCCGCCUCUCCGAUCUCCGAGGCCUUCAGUAUUCCCGCAUCCGAGAAAAUUGUAUAUGGGGAAGCUUCUGUCUUGGAUGUUAGGCAGUCUUUCUCACGGAACUCAGUCUACCGGGUGAAAUCUCUAGAUAGAAUCUAUACUGCUAGCGCUCUACACCGAGAUGCUGGCAUACCCUCGGAAUCCUGGUUGGCAGAACCAGAUACGCCCAGAGCUUGGAAGCAUCGCCACUCUAUUAUCCCAGCCUCAAACGCCCAAGAUCGUAGGCUGAGCCUAAUCAGUCUUGUUGACAAGCCACGAACUAUUGUGGUGAAGUCACGGCGCUCAGUUGUGAAGAUGGAACCGGUUCCAGUGGAAAAGAAGACAAUACCACCACCAAAAGCCCUAGGAGUGCCCAAAACCAACUACGUCGACCGGGGCACAGAUGCACGCAAGGAUUCAUCUAAGGAGGCUGUUAUGCAGCCCGUAUUCCCGCCGAUGGAAGACCUUGUUGUGUUUUUCAAGGAUGAGUCAUCAGAUGCAAUGCUCGAAUCUAACAUUCAGGCGUUUAAGGAUGGGCGAUAUCCGCUCCUUCCAUACUCUGCGAUAGCCUCAGAUGUUGAGAGUAUAGGUAUAUCUGUGCCUUCUACUCCGACACUUCGGCCAUUCUCCCGAGAAGAGACGCCUGUCGCUCAUUCCAACGACCAUGGUACAGCAUCUCCGGGGAAGGAAGAUUAUGACCCUUUUGCCUAUAAGCAACCAGCAUGGCAUGCAAGCAAGCCCGAAGGGCUCGUAUCUACAGUGUCCAUAUUGCGGCCACCAACACCAGCCCAGACACCCCCUCCAACCACAUCAAAUGAUGACGGGUACAAGGUCCAUGAGUUUCAUGUUACCUCGGGCCAUACAGCUGUGUCUAUCCAGAAUUCACUGCGCUCCGUCCUCGGCCAGUAUUUUCCACCGGAUACGCAGGGAUAUCGCCAGUUUCAGUUCUCUCUUCUCCCAGAGUUUGAUGAACUAUGGAAACCAAUAUUCCGCGGUGGAGAGCCAGGCAGUCCUCAAAGAAACGAUGGAAGUGGCACAAACAUUCUAGCUAUCGGCUCUCAAGCAGGCGUCAAAAAGGAGUAUUCCUUGGCUGUCACUGGUAGGUUGGAGAAAAUUGGUAGAAAGUCGACCGAGAUUGUUAAAACCGGCCGUGUAGACUUUCGAUAUCUGCUUGCCAAUGCAAUGCAAGCUUUCACGGCUCAGCGACUGGCAAACCAGACGUCUGAUAACCCAUUCACAAACUCGUUCUUGUUGGCUACUCUUAUAGUUCCCCAUUUGGAAACCUACUUGGCACUUCAUACAGACGUGCGACAUCUUCUCCUUUUAUAUCCGCCAGAGCAUCUAGCAACUGUUCUGGCCCUUCAGCGACUGGUUGGAGUCGAUGUCAUGAAGGUUGCGCAAAUUGUCGAUUCGGAAAGCAAGGGUGACUUGCCGUUCACUCACAUACGUGGAGCAUCGAUUAAUAACAGCAAACCUGAAAACAAACCCCCACGUUGCUCAUUCUCCCCCAGAUCCUCAUCUGAAAUCGACAUAUCCAAAGCCAACUAUCUAUUGACUUCUACUGCUUCGGAAAAAGAUAUUGCCACCUUUGUGUCGACGGUAUGGAACAUAGAAAUUGAGCCACCAGUGACAACACCAUCCUCCGACCGACAUACCAUACAACCAGCAAAGAAAAAGAGACCACCGCCACUGAGUAUUCGGAAAGAGCCAGUGUCGUCAUUACCAAAGGUUGCGAGUGAAAGUCCGAUAUCACCAACAACUGUGCUUGUGCCCCCGGCGCCUCCAAUACCUCCCGAGCCUGCAUCUCCCGUCGCUUCCCUGAGAGCUCCGUCACUUGCCGAAACUCUCAAGACAUUCAAGUCGGCCAAGAGCAAAUUCAGCCAGGGUAUCUCCCGGGUGAAGAGUUCUCACGGCGGGGAAACCGAGUCCCUGGCCGGCUUCGAAUAUGAUGAAGACAGCGACGAGGAUGUCUAUGAACGAAGACUCAUGCCUGUGUUCAUGCAGAAACACCUGGUUCGCAAGCCAAAUAGCCGGAAAGCACUCAAAUUUUUGGGCCUGGCGUAG